GAGAGCGGGUCGGUCGGGUGGUGGCGCCUACACACACUCGCAGACAGACUAUGCACUGCUUCUACUACUACAAACAAGAACCGUUGGCUCACUUCAAUAUCUCAGAAGGAGCAGAAACUCGAAGAAGAAGAAGUAGAAGAAGAAGGCCUCUCUGAUUCCUCGAGCUCCUUUCCUCCGUCACCUCACUUGCUGUGUCGCUUGCCUCCUCUCCCUCUCUCUCUCUCUCUCGACUCGGAGAACUCCGACCCGAGUCUGUCGCGCGUCGAAAUUUCUCUCAGGCUGCCGUCCUACACUCCAGUCCAUUCCAUUCAUCUGACUCUACGAAGAAGGAAGGACGUGUGGAGGUUGUGGCUCGAUUCUGAAGUGAAGCAAACCACUGUUGACUCGUUCUUUGUGCUCGCUACUCGAGCUCUAGCUCACCGCUUGUGAGCAGCGUGCUUAGCUGCGACGAUCCGCUUCGUCGAAAGUGUGCGUGCAUCCAUCGCUCUCCGGGUGGUGAGCUGCAGAACAACGAACGUCCCACCACCUGCUGUUAAUCCGCUGCUCGCUUCGGCUCCUCGCUUCUAGCAUCAUCCCUCCAGGACCUGGGAUUUUGUGUGCCGCCGCCCCGGACCUCCGAGUGCACCAUUUGAUCGUUGCACUCUCGCUGCGCAGAGAAACGUGCUCUCUGAGACAGUCGUCGGGACCUGGUGCACGUGGACUUAUCAAAGAAGACCCGAGAAUCGGCUGCGAACCGCACUGUAGAUUGAUGACUUCUGCGGUGUCGGGGAUUGGAUAUUCAGGCCGCCGAACGGCUCGUCGAAGUCUGCUGCCCUUUCAUUCUCGUUAAGAAAAGCUCGGCUGGGAUUUGAACUUCCCGGCCUGCAUUCGGGGUGCAGUAUAUUGCUUGCACGUCGUCACCAAGUGCUCGGAUGCUUGGAUCAGUUAGUCGGAUUGUGGUCAGUGCCAGCAGCUAGUCACGUGGGUUUCACACUCCGAUCACAGCGUGCCUCUCUACAGCCCACACGGUCGAGGACGUUUGGGGAUUAUGCUGAAGCGUCGUCGAUUGCGAUUCGCGUGCGGACGGAAGUUGUCUUCGAGGCAAUGUUGGUAAUUUUAACAAGCCGAGUUUGAGUCGUACCACUCAGAUCCUGUACAAUUGGGUCCAUAGCAGCUGCAGCUGAGCCGAGGCAACCCACUCAAGCCUAACUGGCUUGGCUCGGUGUCUCGCGGCCUGGGUGCAAUUGAGGCCGUAUGAUCAAGGCGGGGCAGACCUGCAUCUGAAAAUUUGAGACUUGUGGUACCGAGAGAGUGAAGUGAAGUCGAACUUUUACAUCAUAAGGUGUCAGACCCUUGGGAUUAAAGUGCUGUACUCACCUAUUUGACGAUGACGCUGCUUUUCGAUAACAACGAAGGUGGAUUCCUCUCAGAGUCCCACCGUUCGAUGCCAGCACCGUUUCUCACCAAGACGUACCAGCUGGUCGAUGAUCCAGCUACCAAUGAGAUCGUAUCUUGGGGCGAAGACGACACGACAUUUGUAGUAUGGAGGCCACCCGAGUUCGCCCGGGAUCUGCUUCCCAACUACUUCAAGCACAACAACUUUUCAAGUUUCGUGCGGCAGCUUAAUACUUACGGUUUCCGAAAGAUCGUUCCCGAUCGAUGGGAGUUCGCGAACGAGUAUUUUCGCAAAGGAGAAAAACACCUGCUGUGCGAAAUACAUAGGAGAAAGACGUCGUCCCAAGCACCGCAAGGAAGCUCGCUGCAAGCAGCUAGAUCGCUUUCUCCGUCAUCGAAUUCGGCUGACGAACAGGCGUGGUCGCCACUGUCGUCACCUCUUUCUUCCCCUCGGGCGGUGGCGAACCAGGCCACAGUUCUGUCCGUAGCCGAGGAUAACGAUAGGUUGAGGAGAGAUAACUCCAUGUUAAUUUCAGAAAUAGCACGAUUGCACAGGUUGUAUGAGGACAUCCUCGUGUUUCUUCAAGACAAGAUGCAGGUCCCUUCGUCAGAUCUGAGCUGGUUGACUAAAAGGUUAAAUUGCCAUCCGGCCAUGGAGCCGCAAAUAAUACAAGCAGUGCCUGCCUCGAGGCUGGGCGACUCAAAAUCUCGGGCCGACAUCAUGUGGGAAGACAAAAUGGUUCGGGAGCGGGAACAAGACUGUAUUCCACCGUCGCAGGAAAGUACUUGCACCUUGCAGUUUGUGGCCUUGCAGACGCCCGGCCUAUCGUCGUCCCUGCGAGACUGCACCACGCCAACGGCGUCAACCUUGUCCUUUCUGGACGCGAAACUUAGAGAAAUGGCCUCGACAUCAGGCCAGCCUCGUGUCGACGAUUCCAGAAGUGGUCCGAAGCUUUUCGGUGUUCCUCUACACGGCAAGAGGAGGAUGAAUGCAGGCGGUUGGGAUGAUCUCGAGCUUGCCAGUAAGAGAGUGUGUUCGUUCAGCUUGGAAGAAAUUGAUCCUAAUAGAAGCGUAGGUAAGGAUAUGAACCAAAGGCCUCUUCCAGCGAAGAGCGUCAAGACUGAGUUAGCUUUGGAAUUAAGACCUUCAGCGGUCGAAUCAGCCCCAUGGCUAAAAUUUAGUGCCACACGGGACGAGAGAGUAUACAUCUAGAUACCGAUCGUAAAUGCUUAAUACACGCCAUUUUUUCCGAGUAGCAGCUUGUUCUUAGCGAAGAUAUUCACCGAUCUGUUCUUAGAACUGACUGCGAUGUAAAGAAAAGAUCUUUCCAAGCAAUAUACUGACAAUUGUAACGCUACCUCAUGUGGCCUGUGGAUGGAUAGUCUCGUUCGCUUCUAGUCGAUUCUGGUCUGGUUAAGGUCUUGAAUAACGAAGUGAUUCUGACUUGCUAUGUUCUGACGCAGUCUGAAUCCCGUUAUCCCUCUUCGCUUUUUCUUCUCUUUAGAGUCAGCAAAACACUUGGCACUAUCUAAAUGCGAGUUUUUCAGACGUGCACCUUCCAUGCACUGAUCUUCGUGCUGUCGACUAACACAAGCGUAGGAGCCAUGAUUUUGACCCUGAACAC